AUGGCCGCCGGCGGCGGCGGUCAAGGGGACAUAUCCGGAGGCGAGUCGGAAGGCGAAGAGGAGACUAUCAUGCUCCGCGGCCGCAGCAAGAACCGGCAGGCUGUGGAGCUGAUAAUCAAGCAGGAGAUCUGCGCGCUCAAGAACGCGCGGCCGAAGAUCACGGCGGCGGGGAUCUGCCAGGUGUUGCGCGCGAAAUACGGUAACUCCACCGUGCGAGAGUCGCAGAUCCCGCGCAUCCUGCGCGACGAGCACAAGUGGGGCCGCGCGCCCGCGAACUUCAAGCGCGUGAGGCAGCCGCACAACGUGCGGCUGGAGGAGGCUCUGGCGGUGUGGGUGCGCGAUAUGAAGGCGCGAGGAGACUUCCGUGUGACGUGCGAUCGAAUCUUGGAGCAUGCGAAGGACAUUGGCCCAUCGCUGGGCGUUCCCGCAUCUUUUAGGUACAGCUGCGGGUGGAUCUCUCGCUUCCUCAGGCGCUGGGGUCUCACACGCAAGGCGGUGGAAGCAGCAAGGGAGGCCAACUUCAACCCCCUAGACCCCUCCUCGGGCCCCUCGCACGGCGGUGGCGGGGGAGGGGAGGGGAGCUUGGAGACCACUGAAAGCGCCCCACACAUCACAUACAGCAGGAGCCUCCUGGAGCGAUCAUGUAGUUUAAUCCGUUCCUUUCUGUUCCGUUUCUUCCCCUUCUCGUCCCUGUGCCUUCAUGCAACCAACAGGUACAGCCGCGGGUGGAUCUCUCGCUUCCUCAGGCGCUGGGGUCUCACACGCAAGGCAGUGGAAGCAGCAAGGGAGGCCAACUUCAACCCCCUAGACCCCUCCUCGGGCCCCUCGCACGGCGGAGGGGGAGGCACCGACAGCGCCGCACACAUCAUCGACAGCAGGAGCCUGCUGGAGCUCGCAGACGAACAGCUAGAUCUGGAGGAAGCCGCCCGCCGCGCAUCUGAGCCGUCGGAUCUGCUUGCUGAGCUGGCAGAUGAGGAUAUCUUGGCCGCUGCAGCCAGCAUUCCUGCAGUGGGGAGUAGCGUUGUGGCGGCUGUGGCAGGCUCUAGGGGCGCGCAGUAUGCUCCCAGUGCUGGGGGGAUUGGGGGGCCUGGUGGGCAGUAUACUCCUGGGGUUGGGGGGGCUGGUGGGGGGGGAAUGGGGGGUGGGGGAGAGUCCGUUGGGGAGGGGCAGCUGCAGGCUGUAGCGGAGGAAGUGCUUCUGGGGCUGGACGGAUCUGUAGCCCGGGCGCCGGCUCCUGCUGGUGCUUCUGGCGCUGCUGCUGGUGCUGCUGCUGGUGCCUCUGGUGGUGGUGGUGGUGGUGGUGGUGGUGGUGGUGUGUACGCGCCUGGCUCACACAUGCUUGUGCCUUCCGGAGCGACUUUCUCUGCCUCUCAAGGCCCAUACACGUCCUCUGCCCUCGCCCAGCUCUCUUCCGCGCCUCCCCACGCGCCCCAUCCCCCGCCGCCGCCCCCCCAGCGGCGGCGCAACAUCACAGUGAAGCUCAAGCGCGCCAUCUGCGUGCUGAAGCGCGCCAAGCCGCGCCUGCGCGCGUCCGCGAUUAUAGACGCCGUGCGCGCGAGCACGGGCAUCUCCCUAGGCACGCACCAGGUCUCGCGGAUCCUGCAAGAUAGUGACCGUUGGAUGCGCGCCCAGACCAACGCGAACGCCGUCAAGCGCGUGCGGGACCCUGAGAACGCGGCACUAGAGGAAACCCUAGCGGAGUGGGUGAAGGAGAUGCGGGCGAAGCAUGGCGAGGCGAUGGUUACCAGGGACGACAUGAUUGACCAUGCGAAGAGGAUCGGUCCCGGGUUGGGGGUUCAGCCGGGGUUUAAGUAUAGCCGGGGGUGGCUGUCGCGGUUUUUGUGGCGGUGGGGGCUGCAGACGAAGGAGGAGAGGGAGGCGGCGAGGAGGGAAGGAGGUGGUGACGGGGCGGCGGCUGCUGGGGAUGCUGGGGGUGCUGGAGCUGGAGGUCCGCUGGCGUUAAUGCCACCUGAUGCUGAUGCUGAAGGGGAGGCUGAAGCAGGUUCUGCUGGUGCUGAUGCUGCUGCUGGGGCCGCUGCUGGGGCCGCUGCUGGGGCUGGGACUGGGGCAGCAGGAGCUACAGCUGGUGCUGGUUCUGGGGCUGCUGGGGCAGGGAACGACACUGGCAGCGACCUUAUCGUAUCCUCUCACGAUUUUGUCAUUACCGGGACCGACAGCGACGAGGAUAAUUUCCUUCGUCUGGUGGAGGAGCAGCUUGCGGAGGUUGAAAAGGCAGGCGGCAAGGCAGCCAGGGCUGCGCUCAUGUGGGGCGAAGGGGCUGAGGGGGGCGAGGGCGGAGCAGCAGGAGAGGGCGGAGGCGCAGGAGGAGAGGGCGGGUCUUCUGAAGGGGAGGAUACCGGGGACGAGACAGACAUUGGGGAAGGCGGGGGGGAGAGGAAGCGGCGGUACGGUGCGGGGGUGUUCGGAGGGAUGGGGAGCGGUGAGGGGGCAGGAGAUGCACUUGAUGUGGAUGCGGAUGGGACCAGGAGGAGGCGGAUGGUGCAAGUGAAGGUGAAGCGGGCGGUUUGUGCCUUAAAACGAGCGCGGCCUGAGCUCACAAGCCGGGAGAUCAUCGACGCAGUGAGAGUGAAAUACGGAGUGGACCUCCCCCCGUCGGCUGUGCCGAGGAUUCUGAAGUAUGACGAGCGGUGGCAGCAGGCGGGGGCAGCGGCGUCGUGCCGGGUAAGGUCAUGUAUGAACUCCAAGUUAGAAGAGGUGCUGGCGGCGGCUGUUAGACGGGCGCUGGCCCGAGCUGCUGGUGAGGCGGGUGAGGGGGUGAAAGGGAGUGAGGGCGGCGAGGCCGGUGGUGAGGGAGGGGAGGGUGUGAAGGGGAGUGAGGGAGCGGAGGGGGCGGGGGGAGAAGGCGGGGAGGAGGGUGCUGCUGGUACUUCAGCAGCAGCAGGUGGUGAAGGGGGAGGAGGUGGAGAAGGAGGAGGAGCAGAAGGGGGGGCAGAAGGAGCAGGAGCAGCAGCAGUGGCAGCGGCAGCGGCAGCGCCAGCAGUGGCAAGGACGGUAACAGUGCAGUCGAUUCUCGACCACGCCAAGCGCAUAGGCCCUCUGCUAGGAGUGGCACCAGGCUUCCGCUACUCCAAGGGGUGGGUCUGCCGCUUCUUGCAGCGCUGGGGCUUCGGCAGCAAGCAUCUGAAGAGCGGGGUUCUAGGGGUGGUGGCUUCUGGGGGGAGUGCUAUGGGGGGUGAUGGGGGCGGGGAGGAGGGGGAGGCGGGGGAGAAUGGGGACGAGGAGGGGAGGGAGGAGCGAGAGGAUCGGGAGUUACAGGAGUUGUUGAGUAUCGUGGAUGGGCAGGCAGCUGAGCAGGCGAGAAUGGAGGCGAUGUACGGGUGGGGGUAUGGGGGAGGGGGAUACGGGGGAGGUGGGUAUGGGGGAGGUGGGUAUGGGGGAGGUGGGUAUGGAGGAGGGGAGACAGGCUCGGGAGGUACACCUGGGCAGGUGCCAUUUGCGGUGGGUGUUCCUGCUGCUAGGCUUGGGAUUAUCCGCACGCCCGAAGCUGCAGCUGCGGCCGAAGCUGCAGCCGCGGCUUGGGAGUAUGCUUCGGGCGGGGGUGCUGGGGGGAUGAGGAAGAGGAAGAGGUUUGGGGUCGGGCCUGGAGAGGAAGGGGAGGCGGUAGGGGGAGAGGGCGGGGAGGGAGGGGGGCAGGCAGGCGCGGGGGGAGCAGCAGCGCUGGUGUGGGGGGGAUUGCGGGGAGCAUUGGGGGGAGUAGAAUGA